CGACCACAAUUCACUCCUUCAGUCAGUGAAGCUCCCACAGCCGUUCAUGAGAGUUUAAAUGCUGGGGAAUAUUCCCAUCUUCCCACAGGAGAAGAAGCAAGCAGGAGGAAUUACUCCAGGAGAAACUACGGACAUACUAUUGUAAAGAUGGAGAUUAAGGAAGAACCCUGCAGAAUAAAAGAUGAAGAUACAGAGGAACAAAUAGGUGCAGUGGAAGUGAAUGAAGACAAACACCAUCAUUUCACAAAUGAAGAUGAAGAACUGACAUAUAAAAACGAAGACAAACAUCUGUUACAGAAACCUCAGUAUUUCAAAAAUGAAGAUGGAAACACUGUCGUUUCAAAGACUAAAGAGAAUAUCGCACAACAACAAGCUGGAAAAGGAUCUUUCACCUGCCCUGAGUGUGGAAAGACUUGCAAAGAAAAAUCAAACCUUGAGAAUCACAUGAGAAUUCACACUGGAGAAAAACCGUUCACAUGCUCUCAGUGUGGAAAGAGUUUCACUCAGAAAAGUAAUCUCAACGCUCAUCUGCGGAUUCACUCUGGAGUGAGAUCAUUCAGCUGUGAUCAGUGUGAUAAAACAUUUGUUUAUUCAUCAAACUUAAGAGAUCACCUUCAAAUUCAUACUGGUGUGAAGCCUCACUUUUGCUCUGUUUGUAGAAAGAGUUUUUCACGACUACAGACUUUAAAAGCCCAUGAGCGUAUUCAUAAUGGUGUGAGACCUUAUGUGUGCUCUGACUGUGGGAAGACCUAUAUUACAUCGGGCCACUUAAUAAAACACCAAAUAAUUCACACUGGAGAGAAACCGCACAAGUGUUCACACUGUGAAAAGAGAUUUGCUUGUUUAGAAAGCCUGAAAUAUCACGAGAGAGUUCAUACUGGAGAGAAGCCGUACCAGUGCUUUUCAUGUGGGAAGAGAUUCACCCGAUCAUCUACUCUACGGUAUCAUGAGAAAAAGCAUUGGCUAAAGUCUCAACUAAGUGAGCAAAGUUCACAUUCACAUCCAUGAUUAUAUUGUCCUUAUAAAUAAUUUGACAUUGAAAUAGUUUAAUAGAGUGAUUAAAUCUAAGGGUUAAAUUAGUAGUGAAGUUUGAAUCUGGUGAUAGUUUGAUCAAGUGUUUCCCUUCUCUUCUCAACCGCUGUAACAUGAUUUAU